AUGCCUCAAGCGGAGCCUCAGGUUGAGCCUCAGGUCGAGCUUCACACGGAUCUCAUUAUCGCCAACAAGGGUACCUCGAAGGGACUUACAGGAAUGCCGGUCGAGUUGAUUCUCGACAUCGCGAAGUACAUGAGCCAAUCCAGUAAGGCUCGUCUAGCCCAGACUUGUCGCUGCCUCUCAACCUUGAUGGAGAAACCUCUACACGAUCAGGAUAGCAAAGAGGAUCGACAUGCACUUUGGUGGGCUUGCGUGAAUAACGAACAUAAACUUCUACGACGCAUCCUCAACUCUGACUUGAGCCUUGUUAACUACCGCUUUCAAAAGGCCCAUACUCUCAAUCUCAAACUUGUACCCUCCACCCAACAACACCUACUGAGGGUUUGCGCCCAACAUAAAGGCGCUGAUUUCAGCAUUCAUCUGACCCCUCUCACGGUAGCCAUUCGAUUUGGAAGUUUCAAUUGUUUCACUACUCUACUCAAAUGGAAUGCAGACGUGAACGAUGCCGUCCCCUCCAAUGGCAUGGGUCCUGGGAAGCUUUGGCAACCCAUCCACUGGGCGGUUCGCCUAACCAAGAGCGGUAGAGACUUUGAAGACUGUGUCCGUCUUCUGAUCGAGCAUGGCGCCAACAUUAAUCAAGCUCCUGGAUUGUCCGGAUCAACUGGAAUGUUUGGAGGUGGUAUUCCUCUACAUGAGGUGAUCGACUUUCAGCCCUAUUUCCGAAAAGACCGGUCGGAGCCCCGUUCAGACGCUGUAUACGAAACUCAACUAAAGAUGCGCGUCAGUAAGGCCAAAGCACUCCUUAAAUUCGGAGCGGACCCUAAUAUUGGGGGAAAUAUCAGUGAAACUCCGAUCUUCAAGGCGGCACAAUCUUUAGCUUCCUACGACCCGAACUCCCCGUUCGUAAACCAGAUUGUGUUUCGUUACGAUGUUAAGCGCGUCUACGAAGAAGUUGUAGUGGCCAAUGCCUUGCAGCUUUUCAAAGCCUUGAUUAAACAUGGCGGAAACCCGAAUAUUUCCUGCCGUGGCACCACCGCCCUGCAUCUCCUAUGCAAACGCAGCCGAGAGUAUAGGCCCCUGAUCUAUUACCUCUUACAGGCAGGAGCUCGGAUCAAUGCUUCCGACGCAGAUGGCCGCACCCCUAUUUACGAAUACGUGAUGUACCCUCGUCAUUACACACUACUAAUCGAAUUCAUUAAGCGAGGUGCGAAUGUUAACCAUCGCGAUUCCAAGGGCCGCACCCCGCUACACGUAGCCUGCGCCGACUAUAAUAUGUGCCACUCAAAGCUUCAAGAUACUGUUAGGGCACUAAUUGAGAACGGGGCCAAUACUCUUCUGGUUGACAACGAAGGCAAGACCCCGCUUCAGCUUCUUGACACACGAAGGAUCCCGACCUCUCUCGAAACCCGAAGGAUUCUCCUCAAGGCAUCUGGAAUUGAUGUGAGAGGUUGGGGAGAUGAUCAAUACGAGGACGAUGCCGAUUGGGGUUCAUAUUGA